GUUGACAGUCGAUAAUGUUGUUGUUAAUGUUAUUGUGAGAUUUAUGCUGACUUUUGGUGAAUGAAGUACGUUUAAAGACGCAUGAAACGACCACAAUGAAUACCAACCAUAGAAAGAAAAAUAAUAAGGGUGGUAGCAACACAGCUCUAGCAGCUGUCGCAUUUCAAGAUCACAUGAUGCGUAACCUUUCUCUGUCAGACCCUCUCAAGAAGAAACAAAUACAUCAUGGAGUUCCCAAGAAGCAACUGAAGGAAGUCAAGUCUGUGGUUGACUCCGGGAUGAGGCAAGAAGGAGCCAAGACGAAGGGGGCAUCCUCAGGGGCAGAGGCGAAGGAAUAUGUGCUGGACCAGAAGCCACAGCCGAUGACUCUUGCUCAGCGACUGGGGCUUGUAGAGGUUCCUGAUCAACCACUCUCCGACUUGGAUUGGAGAGAUGCUAAGAAUAAAUCCAAUCGCCGUGAUGACUCCGACCUUCCAUGUGUCAUUUGCAAAGAAGAAUUUGGCUUACAGCAACAGGUUCUGCUGUCUUGUUCUCACGUGUUUCAUCGGAACUGUCUUCAAGCAUUUGAACGUUUCACUGGAAAGAAGACGUGCCCAAUGUGCAGGAAGGAGCAAUACCAAACAAGGGUUAUUCACGAAGGUGCUAAACUCCACCGAGUUAAGUGUGCAACAAGAAUCCAGGCGUGUUGGCGAGGCUAUGUCGUGCACAGCUGGUAUCGCAAACUGAGGCAAACUGUACCACCCAAAGAUCCAAGACUACGAAAGAAAUUCUAUGAAGAAAAGCUCCAGAUGAUAACAGAGAGACUAUUGCGAUCGUUUGACACCAAAGUUGAUGCCUUCUUGGCCGAGAUGGAUCGCUCAAUCACAGCGAGCAGAGAUGUCUUUAAAAAUCUUGAAGCAUCGACCCUCCGCACAAUAACACCAGAAGAAUGGGAUGGCAUUCAACUUAAGGCAGUUGAGAGAGGCAAAACCGAGUGUCCCAUAUGCAUCAUGCCGUUACAUUCACAAGACUCAGCUCAGGGUGACGCACAGACUCCAAGGCGGACGGUGCUGCUUUCCUGUACCCAUGUAUUCCAUCGUGUGUGUCUGGAAGCAUUUGAGGAGCUUGCCUUGGCACAGACCAAAGUCUGCCCUGUCUGCAGAGCCGGUUACCAGAAGAGAACUCUUUAAAGACACUGGAUCAUGGACACUUUUGGUAAUUACUCAAAAUAACUGUUAGCAUAAAAACUUAUCUGGU